GCCUUGUCUUCAACCCCGUCCGUCGUCCAUGGCCGAAGCGGACCAAAUCAUUCAGCAGCUAAGAGACCUCGCAACUCCAGAAUACGACGCCUACGAUACAGAGGUGAUCCAUAUCCGUGCUUCAGCAUUGAUAUCCCGUUCAAAAGCUCUCAAUCGUUCUGCAAAUCUUGCCACCCGGACUCGAAAAGAUGCUACUGCUAUCGCUCGCCAGGAAAUGGACCAAUCCUAUCUUGGUCUUCAGAACUUGCUAUACGAGAAACGUCAUCUAGAAAGGGAAAUUGAGAAAUGCCGACAGUUUGCUUCUGUGUAUCAGGAUGUUCCGUUGUACCCUCUCGAGGAGUUUCAACGUUUAGCUCCAGAGGAAGCGCGAACUUCAACCGUAAUGGAAAAUGAGCAUCAGCUUAUGCUCAACCGUCUGAGCUUUGAGCUUGCCGAACGCCAGAGGUUAGACCAGAAGAGAAAAGAAAUGCUCAAUCUCAAAGAGGAGCUACUCAAAGAAGGCAAACUGAAUUCUACGAAAUUGGAUAAUGUCAAAACGCAGAUUGACAUGCUUGUAAAGACCGCUUUCGAGAUUCAGAAGAAAGUAGAGGAUCUUGUCCAGCCACUACCUGCUGCAGACGCCAUGCCGACAAACUAGGGGACCCUCACAACAGGGUUAUUUGUAUGGACCAUCUAUAACACGAAUACUUCCAGUGCGGGAUCCUCUAUCUGAAGUUUUGUCGGGCAGGAACAGUGACAAGUAGCGUUGUAUACGAUGGAAGGAAAGUCAAAGGAAGGCGGUUGUG